AUGACAUCAAUUGUUGUGACAAUUAAUGACAUUUUUGAUCAGUUGUGGAGUGAAAACAAACGACUUCUUAAAGAGUUAUUGUUUGCCAACAAAUGUCUGAAUAUUUUGGAUGAAUUGAAAACUGAAUUGAAUUUAAUUCACAAUAAGUUUGAAACACAACUGAACACUGAAUACAAGUUCAAUGAUUUAAGACAUCAGUUGAAUGAUAUUUGCAAUCAAAGACAUGACAAGACAUUUGCUGAAAAUAAUGGGAAACUUUUAAGAUGUGUUACCAAAGAUGGUACUGAAAAUUAUUUCGUUGAAGACACGGAUAAGUCUGAUUCAGAUAAUAUACAAGAAGUUGAAAACAACAAUGAAAAACAAAUCAACGAUAAAGACACUAAAGAAGUAGUUGAUACCAGUAGUAGUAGUCAUCAACUGAUACCACCGAUAAAACCUCAAUCAGUUGCCACCAAUCAAUUUCACGGCAAUCUUUUGUUUCUGAAAAUACCUCCAAAUAUACCUUUACUUAAAGCAUUGGAUUUAAAAAACAUUAAAAUCAAACCAUUGUCUGCAACAGACUUACCAUUAAUUAAAUUGUCUAACAUUACUACUAAUCCUAAUAAUAAUGUGGUUCAGACUUCACAAAAGUCAUCUUCUUUUAGUUCAUUACUUGAACCAAAAGAUAGCAAUGAGUUGAUUGAUACACAAAAAGAGAUGCAAUGUAUAAACAAUAAUUAUGAAGAGGACAGACAUGAAGAGGAGAUUGAAAUUAAAUGUGAACCCAUCGAUGAAACUGAUCCACAAAGCAAUCAGUCAUUGAGAUCAUAUGAUUUUGAUGAAGAUAUAACCAAAAUUGACCGGAAGAUCGAUACGAAAAUAUUUGUAAAAGAAAAGUGUCGUUACGAUGGUUGCGACAAAAUUUUAAUUUCCAGGGGUGCUAAGUGGUAUCACGAAAAAGUAUACCAUCCAUCGGAUACAACAAAGACAUUGAAAUGCCGGUAUACGGACUGUCAGUUUGAGUGUCAACUCAAUAGCCAAAUGAUAAAACAUAUGCCUAAACAUUCAAAUAAGUCAUUUGUUUGUCCCAUCAGUGGUUGUAAUAAAUUAUUUAAAGGAUUAUAUAGUCUUAAAUGUCAUAAACGUUUGCACACAAAUACAUUUGCAUUCAAUUGUAAUUUUGAUGGCUGUCAGCAACAGUUUCGUACUAAAUCCGAGUUGACUAUGCAUUUGGCUCAACACAAGAGUGAACCGACACUCAAGUGUUUAGUAAAGGAUUGUCAGGAAAUGUUUUUUUCAGAAUCAGAAAGAGUUAAACAUCGGAAGCAAAUUCAUAACUAUAAUAAGCCAUCUAAUCCUAUGAGACGCUGCAAUUGGUCCGGAUGUGACUAUUUCGGUAAAUAUUUGACCACUCAUAUGGAAGUUCAUACGGGAAGGAAACCGUAUCCUUGUGUUUGGCCACAAUGUGACAAACGGUUUAGGUAUAAGAUUAGACUACAACAACACAUGAAUGUUCACAAUAAUGUUAAACCGUUUGCUUGUCAUUGGCCCGGAUGUGACUACCGAUGCGCUGCUAAACCUAAUAUUAUAUUCAAUUGA